GGUGACACAGGGACUCGGGUCCUGGGCCACCACCUCCUGGGCUAGGGGCCAUCCGUGCCAGGCCGUGGAGAGCAGGGGUGCGGCCCUGUAGGUGCACGCAGGUGCUCUGGAGGGAGGUCUGGGUGUCUUGUGGCGGCACUGCUGGGCAGGUCCACGGGGUCCCGUGCAGUCAUCCUGGCAGGUCUGGACAUCUCCUAGGUUGGCUGGUUCUGCUGGCCUCUCCAGAGACUGGUCCCCAGGCCUGUCUCCUUAGGUGGCGAGAGAGGGAGGCAGGGGUCACCCAGACGCCCAGGGCCUCCAGCAGAGUGGGUGUGGGGUGGGCAGUGGUGGCGUGCUCUGUGCCAAGACUGCGGGCCUCGUGGCUGGGGGAGGUGGCCUGUGCUGGGGGUGCCUCAGCGGAGAGAACGUGACCCCGUGGCCCUAUCCCUGCCUCUGCACCACAAGCCCUAGCCCUGGAGAGGUGUGCUGGGGACUGUUCUGUGUUCUUCCAGCUGCCUGUGUGAGGGGGCUGGGUGACUGGCCUGGGGAGGGAUCCUCAGCGGGCACGUGUGUGUGUGCACGUGUGUGCAGGGUGUGCUUAGGGUGUGUGUAAGACCAGUGCACGCGGGCACAUAGCUGUAGGGUCCGAGAUUCAUCCUGCACUGCGUGACCACCACUGGGAGAGGCUGUGCCCCUGUGGGGCUGGCCAGGAGUGGGGGGAAGCCCUAUCCCUGAACCCCCCCUCCUGCCCUGCUGUCCUCCCUGUGUGCUCUGCCUCCCCCACCUGCCCUUGGGAGUGAACAGCAUGUCCCAGAUGACAGAGGUUCCCAGCCCUUCCCAUGGCAGACCCAGGGAUAGGGGAGCACUGGCCUGCUGGUGCUGCAGAGGGCUGGACAGAAAAGGAGGGGCCUGGAUGGCAGCAGUGGGGUGGGAGGACCUGGCCUUGGCAUUUCAGCAAAUCCCCGUGGCCUGUUUCAGUGGCUGGGACAGCUGGCUGAGUCAAGCCUGGGUGGGCUGUCUGGGACGCACACACUGGAGGUGUGGGGGCGCGGGCUGGACCUGGUGGGCUCCGAGGCCCAGGUGGCUGGUGUCGCCAUUGCGGUGGGGCAGAGGAGGGUGGGGUUCCUGCCGGGGGCUCCUCUGCUCCUGGGCCUCACCUAGCCAGGAAGGCCGGCUGAGGGAAUCUGUGUGUCCCCAGUCCCGCAGCGUGGACAAACAGCAUGCUGUCAUCAACUACGACCAGGACAGGGACGAGCACUGGGUGAAGGACCUGGGAAGCCUGAAUGGGACAUUUGUGAAUGACGUGCGCAUCCCGGACCAGAAGUAUGUCACGCUGAAGCUCCAUGACGUCAUCCGAUUCGGCUACGAUUCCAACAUGUACGUGCUGGAGCGUGUGCAGCACCGGGUCCCCGAGGAGGCGCUCAGGCAUGAGAAGUAUACCAGUCAGCUGCAGGUGAGCGUCAAGGGCCCGGCACCCAGGAAGGGCGAGCCGCUGCCCCAGCACACCCCCUACUGCGAGUCCUUGGGUCCCAGGCCAGAGAGGGGGGACCGGAGGCCGGGAACAGAGGCGGCAGCCUACCGCACACCCCUGUACGGGCAGCCCUCCUGGUGGGGAGAGGAUGACGGCGGCAGCCCGCCAGAGGACCGGCGCCAGGAGGAGCCCUACGCAGAGCGGCCCAAGGAGCUGGUGCAGCAGGAUGGCGAGUUCCCUGGGACGAUGGCCAGCUUCCGGGCCACGGUGGAGCCUCAGGGCUACUCAUUCAGGCGGGAGCCCAGUUACUUUGAGAUCCCCACGAAGGAGGCCCCGCCGCCACCGCCCCCACCGCGGCCCCCCGAGGUGCCGGCCCAGGAGGCCCCCACCAAGGAUGUAGAGCCAGGCGGGGGCGGGGCGGCCCCCGUGGUGCAGAGCCACGCCUCCUUCACCAUCGAGUUUGACGACUGUAGCCCCGGCAAGGUGAAGAUCAAGGACCACGUCACCAAGUUCUCACUGCGCCAGAGGCGGCCGCCGGGCAAGGAGGCCACACCGGUGGAAGCCGUGUCUGCGGAGACCAAGGUGGCCGACUGGCUGGUGCAGAAUGACCCGAGCCUGCUGUGCCGGGCCGGCCCCGGUGACGACCGGCACAGCACCAAGAGCGACCUGCCCAUCCACACCCGCACCCUGAAGGGCCACAAGCACGAGGACGGCACGCAGAGCGACUCGGAGGAUCCCAUGGCGGCGGCGGCGGCGGCGGCGGCCGGGGUCCCCGCGGAGGGCGGCGGGGCGCAGGUGCGGCUACAGAGGCAGAUGAAACGGGACCCCCGAGAGCUGCUGCACAACCAGCAGGCCUUUGUCAUCGAGUUCUUCGACCAGGACACGCCCCGCAAGAAGCGCUCACAGUCCUUCACGCACACCCCUCCCGGGGACCCCAAGGCCGACAAGCGCCGAGGCCCCGGGCCGGCGGACAGAGAGCGCACAGGCAUCUCCGCCUCCGCGCGGGGCACAGGCGGCAGCUCGGGGCCACAGCGGGCCAGCUCGCUCAAGCGGGAGAGGACAGAGGAGCGCCUGGGGGGGCCCUCACCCGCCUCCCGGGACUCCGCACGACCCUUCGGCAGCGUGGGGCGCCGCUCCCGUCUGGCCCAGGACUUCAUGGCCCAGUGCCUGCGGGAGGGCUCCCCAGCCGCCCGGCCCGGCCCUGACAAGGCAUCCCCAGCAUCACCGGCCCCCGAGACACCCCGUGGGGCCAGCCCUGUGGCCCCUGCGACCCCACCACCACCCCCCGCCGACCCCCAGCUGACCAAGGCUCGCCAACAGGAUGAGGACGACAGCCUGAGCGACGCAGGGACCUACACCAUCGAGACUGAGGGGCAGGACCCGGAGGUGGAGGCGGCCCGCCAGAUGAUCGACCAGGUCUUUGGGGUACUUGAGUCUCCUGAGCUCUCCAGGGUGUCCUCGGCCACCUUCCGUCCAGUCAUCAGAGGGGACAGGGACGAGGCCAGCGAUGGGGUCGCCCAGCGCAUGGCCCUCCUGCAGGAGUUUGCCUCCCGGACGGGCCUCACAGUGCCGGGCUCCCCUGGGGGUCAGAAGUGGGUGUCCCGCUGGGCCAGCCUGGCCGACAGCUACUCAGAUCCAGGCCUGGCAGAGGAGAGCCCUGGGCGCAGAACCAGGGAGCUCGAGGGGGCCCUGCCUGUACGCCAGCGACGGCGACUCCCACAGCUGCCCAGCGACCGUGCAGACAGCCCCGGGGGCCUUGAGGCCACCAGGAGGAGCGGCCCUGGGCCUCCGGAGCUGGGCAGUGAGCAGGCCGCCUGCCUCUUGGCCCAGGAGGACUUGGAGCCUGACAGCCUCAGUGAUGCCAGUGGGUCGGACGGUGGGCGGGGCUCCGAGCUGGGUGGGGGCCCGCAGGAGGAGAGACGCAGGAGCCCCCAGGAGGGACUAGCAUGGACGAAGGGCCGGCGUUUGCCCAGGGGCCCCGGAGAGCCAGCCCCCACCUCUUUCUUCAUUGGGGACCAGAACGUGGAGACGGCCUUCCCCAGGAAACCAUCUGUGGCCCCCGGGGAGGUGGAGGGCCCAGGGCGGGCGGCCCAGCCCAGCCCCGCGGCGACAGACAGCGUCUACGUCAGUACCGGUGGAAGGGUGGUUAUCCAGCUGCGGACAGAGCGGUCCCCGGAGCCUGAGAGCCCUGCCCCGGCCUUGGUGCGACAGGAUAGCUUCAACAAGGAGCCAGCCGGUGGCCCCCCAGCACCCGGCCAGCUACCACACAUCUCCAGCCACCCUCUCCUGCAGGACCUGGCUGCCGUCCGGGCCUCACGCGUGGACCUCCACCCCCAGGACACCCACCUGAUCCUGAAGGAGACAGAGACAGCCCUGGCAGCCCUGGAGGCCCGGCUGCUCUCCAAGUCCACGGAGGAGGCAGAGGGCCAACUGGGCAGCGCCCCCGGGCCGCCAGAGGACUCCCUGUCCGGGGACUCUGACGUGGACACGGCGAGCACGGUUAGCCUGCUCAGUGGUAAGAACGGGCCCAGCCCAACCAGCCCCCAGCCCACGGGACCGCAGAAGGAGAAGCCGCCAUCCCCACCAGCAGCACAGGACCCAGGGGGCGUCUCCUUGAACAGUGCCCGAGAGCGGCUCUCAGAUAAGCAUCGUCGCCCCCCGGGCCCCACAGACGCGGGCUGUGCAGAGCCAGGGAGGCACCUGGCUGCACGGCAUGGCGCUGGGCCCCGGGUAUCCUCGGACUGGACUGACGAAGAGCGAGGCUCCAGCCUUGCCCACCCGCCUGGCGCAGACACGGUCACCUCUGACCGUGAGACUCCCGUGGCCGCCGGGGCGGGGCGGCUGGGGCCUCACCGGAAGCCCGCCCCGCCAGCACCAUCCCCGGCUCCGCGGGAAGAGCAGGGCCGUGGCUCUGCCCAGAAGGGACAGCAGGUGCUGACGCGCUCCAACAGCCUGUCCACACCUCGGCCCACACGGGCCUCCCGGCUGAGGCGGGCCCGGCUGGGGGAUGCCUCGGACACGGAGGCUGCCGAUGGAGAACGGGGGCCCCCGGCCAACCCUGAGCCGGCGGGGCGGCCAGCGCCUGAGCAGGCCAAGAAGCUUUCGCGCCUGGACAUCCUGGCCAUGCCCCGGAAGCGGGCGGGCUCCUUCACCGGGCCCAGCGACUCCGAGGCGGCUCCCGCCCGUGCGGGCUUCUCGGGCCGCAGUGUCGAGUUGUACUGCAGCGGCCGCAAACCCGUCAUGGCCGAGGCUCGGGCCGCCGCCAGGAAGGCCGCCAGUACCACCACAGUGCCCCGCCAGCCCUUCAGCCGGGCCCGCCCGGGCAGUGCCCGAUACUCCUCACCCAGCACACGGCGUCGGCAGCAGGGCUCGGAUUGCACGUCCACAUCCGAGGAGGAGUACGGCUCGCACCACAGCUCCCCCAAACACACACGCUCCCAUGCCUCAACAGCCACGCAGACCCCGCGGGCUGGCAGCUCCAGCCGGACCCGCCCCAGGGCCCCCGGCCUCAGGGACACAGACGACGAGGAGGAAGAUGCUGACCCCUACGGUUUUAUUGUGCAGACAGCGGAGAUCGCAGAGAUUGCCAGGCUGAGCCAGACGCUAGUGAAGGACGUGGCCAUCCUGGCUCGGGAGAUCCAUGACGUGGCUGGGGAUGGCGACUCGCUGGGCUCGCCGGGGCCCGCCCGCAGCCCCUCCCUCAGCAAUGUGCCCAGCACCCCGGCUUCAACCAUCUCCGCCCGUGAGGAGCUCGUGCAGCGCAUCCCCGAGGCCAGCCUCAACUUCCAGAAGGUGCCGCCUGGCUCCCUGAGCUCUCAAGACUUGGAUCAGAACAUGAAUGACCGCUGUGAGGACCCCCUCGCCGGCAAGACGCGGCCUCGGAGCCGUGAGGAGGUGAUCUUUGACAACCUGAUGCUGAACCCCGUGUCCCAGCUGUCCCACGCCAUCCGCGAGAACACGGAGCACCUCGCCGAGAAGAUGAAGAUCCUCUUUCAGAACACAGGGCGUGCCUGGGAGGAGCUGGAAGCCAGGAUCAACUCGGAGAACGAGGUGCCCAUCCUGAAGACGUCCAACAAGGAGAUCAGCUCCAUCCUGAAAGAACUGAGACGCGUGCAGAAGCAGCUGGAAGUCAUCAACGCCAUCGUGGACCCCAGCGGGAACCUGGACCUGCUGACUGGGAACCGGGGCUCCACGGGCUCAGCCCAGCUUGGGAAAAGCCGGCCGGCCGUCCAGAGCCCGUCCUCGCCCCCCUCGGCCCUGCCUCUGAGGAGCUUCCCACAGCGGGCGAACUGCGGGUCCCCUGGCCUCCCGGACCCCGCCUUCCUCCCCGCCUUCCUCCCCGAUGCAGACAGGUUCCUGAUCUAGGUGGCCGGGGCUGCGGCAGCAUCCUCGUGCCUGGGUCCAGCGCCUCCAACGCCUCCAGCGCCCUUUGUCUGCCGCCACGGCCCUUCCCGGCUGCGGACUGUUCGCCUCAGACCCCCACACGUGCCAUAACCCUGUGGGCAGGUGCCUCUGUGCCCAGACCCCCUCCCUAGCUCCCAGCCGGUACCCUAGCUGGAUGGUCCAGCCCCCGCGACUGCCCCUGCUGGCCUCCUGGCCGAGCUCCUGUUGUGGCCGCCGCCAAGGGCUGGCGUCCCAGCUGUGUACCCACCUCCUCUCCACCGCUGUUAUUUUUGUCUUUAGCUUUUAAGGAAAGCGUGUUCUGUGCCACCGCGGCAGCCCCCCUGGGCCCGGAAGCCCUCAUCCCACCUCUCGAGCUGGGAGUGCUGUUCUGCUGAGGGCUCCCGUGGGCUUACCUGUGCCGUCCCUCUGUGCUGGCCGGGGCCCGGCAGAGGAAGAGGGGCUGGGCCGGGGGGGGAGGGAUCAUUCAGUGCCAAACACGGAGCCAGGAGGGGCUCCUGAUGCCCCAGGACUUGAGGGCAGGGUGCACCCUGCCAGGGCACUUGCAGCCAGCUCUGCUGCGGGCCGGGCGGCUCCCUGCUGUCCCGGGGUCGGGUGGCCUGGGGUGGGGAUGUGGCCUGUGGAGACGUUUGGGGCAGGAACCCCACUGCUUCAAGCCUUUGGUGCCAGUGCAACUGCCAAAGCCGAGUGUGCACGCUGCCAUCUCACGGGCCAUGCACACAGGCACACACAGGCCAGACACGUGUGUCUGCGCUCACAGCUAGCCCAGGCACGUGUCCUCACUGCGGGGCUGCUCUUCCCAGCCACGGAGGCUGGGCUUCUGCCCUUGGCUUCCCGCAGUCCUAGGCUGGGGGCGGGGGGAGGGAGGUGAGCACUUGACCGAGGUGGCUGGAAACCGGGCUCCCAGAAGCUCCUAUGCUGCGCCCCCUCCCCCAGCCCUCACCCCGUCCUCCCUGAUGCUGUGGGCAUUCCUGGGGUGUCUGCAGGCUGCUGUGCUCCUGGUCCCGUGGGGGGCAGGGGUCAGGGGGAGGCCCCCAGGGACAGUUUCGCCUUCUCAGGGUUCUUUCAGCUGGGAACACGCCGGGUGGGCAGAGCGCCACCCUCCCGGGCAGGGGGGCUGUUUCUGGAGCCUCUAAGCCAAAGAGCCCGUGGGCUGUGGCAGGUGGGGGCGGGGGUCGCUCUGCACUGUGCCUGGCACCUGUGUGAUUGGCAACUGCGGGAUGGGGCCCAGGGGCCAGUGGGUGUGAGUCCGGGCUGCCACGGGUGAUGUGUCUGUGUUUACGUUUAGCCGACGUGGCGUUGCGUGCAUGGGUCCUGUGCCCCCCUCCCCCCCGUGAUGUUUACGUGUGUGUGAGUGGUGGCGGGCUCCCUGCGAGGACCCCGCCGCUCGAGCCUGCUGUGUCCACACGGAGGCGGCGCCGGCCCCUCCGGCCUCCUGCAUGCCCCGCACCCUUGCCUGGAGCCUGUCCCCCGGAAACAAACAGUGGCCAUUCUCAUCCACACCCACCCUCAGUGAUCGCUGUGCACUUUUUUUAUUCACAAACCCUGUUCCUCUCCCUUCCAGCCUUCGACUUGGGAUCGGUAACUUAUUUGUCUGGCUUCUCCGAGGUACUUCUGUAUGUCUGUCCUCAGGUGGGCUCAUGGAUGUCUUUCAGAAAACGGUUAUUUUAUAUGAGUUGUCAUGGAAUUUGUUCUAAUAAAUCAUUCUAUCACGUGGCAAGA